CAGAGUGUCUGCUAAUAGUAUUAUAGUACUAGUGUAGUGUAAACGGAUAGGAUCGCAAAGCUUGCAUGUGUGAGUUGGUGACGAAGCAUGGAUCCGUGGCGACGCCGACGGUCGCCGUGAUACGUGCUGGCCUGCUGCAGGACACGCGGGGAGGUGUACGUGUGCCGCGCUGCCGGAGCUCACGUGUCCCACGCCCCCCUCCCCCAAAUCCCACAACUCAUCCGAUCCACUCUCCGACCUCAUCUCCUCCAGAUCCCCCUCCCCCAAAUCCCACAACUACUUGCUGCUUGCUGAUCAGUAGAGUAGGACUGUAGGAGUAGUAGGAGUUGGGAAGGAGCAGUUCUCAUUUCUCAAGAGGAAACAAACCGGACAACAAGCUGCUGCUCCCUAGUAUUACGUUACGACUCGAGUCGGUCGAGUGCUCAUCACUUGUACUAGUAGCUCCGAUCCAUCCGCUGACGGCUGACCUCAUCUCUUCUUCCUUGUUCCAUGCUGAGCGUUAGAGCGUGUGCAGUGGUGGACAGACGAGGCGUGGCCAUGGCUCGUAGUAACUAGCAGGCAUGGAGCUGGCCUGGAGCUGCUGCUGUUUCUUGCUCGCCACCUGCGCGCGCGCGCUCCGACGGUUGCUCCAGCUCCCCGCGCUCCUCUGCUGCGAGGCCAUGGUGUGGGCGGUCACCUUCCUCGCCUUCCCCCUCCGCAUGCUCACCGCCGUCGACAGGGAGCGCAAGUUGGGGCGCCUGGUUGCGGAGAUGCAGGCGCAGAUGGACGACCUGGCGUGGGAGAACACGGCGCUGGAGGACAGGCUGCGGGCGGCGCUCCGCGACCAGGAGGCCCUGGCGGCGGUCCUUGACGAGAUGGAGGACGAGCACGACGACGCCCUUGCCAGGAUCCAUGUCCUCGAGACCCAGCUCAAGGCGCUGAGGCAGGAGAACAUGCGGCUGAACGAGCACAAGGGGAAAUCCAAGUGGGACAAGCUCGCGGGGCAGGCGGCGGCGCGUCACGGCAGCGGCGGCGGCAACCGCGCGUCCGAGCCCGACGAGAAGCCGGCGAAUCGAGGGCGGGGAGAGGAAGACGCGGCGGCGGCGGCGGCGGCCGCAAAGCGUGCCGAGCCGGCGUCGGUGCUGGCGCUGACGACGACGGAGGCGGCCUCGCCGGUGUCGUCGAGCGCGGCCCUGGCGACGGCGGUGGCGCGGCGGCGGAGCCUGUUCAGCCUGGGCAUGUCGCUGGCGGUGGGCGCGGUGGCGUGGUCGGCCGACGCGCCGUGCCUGCCGCUCCUGGCGGGGCUGUUCGCUGUCGUGGCCGUGUCCAUGUGCAGCGUGUCGCGGCUGCGUCGGCGUCGCGCCGGCGCGGGCGACGCCGUCGCGCUGCUCAGCCUCAACUGGUUCCUCCUCGGCCUGCUCACCUCACCCAUGCUGCCGGGCGUCGCGCACGCCGUCGUCCCACGCGCCGGCCGAACCCUCGGCCCCGCGCUCACGUGGCUCGCAGCCGCCACGCCCCUGCCCCCGUCACUGUGACCCGACCGCAGGCAAACUGGCAAAGCGUGUACCGCGUUCGUCGGAUACGCAUUUCUUUACGCUAUAUAUGCAUGUAACUUCACACGUACUGGAACUGUACUAUAAAAACAUCUGGCUCAUACGGUCACCUUGACGUUUUUUAGGCUUUUGUGAUAAACAUACAUACAUGAAGCUAGCUGAAACAUACUCCGGGCACA